ACUAAAUAUGUCAUGAAUGGACAGCUCACUUACACAGAAUCAGUAGGCCAGACAGUUUUGUUACACAUCCAUUUAGCAAGUAUCUUAACUUAUCAUUAUCUAAUUAAAUCCUUAGUGACACUUGAACGUGUAUUGAAAUGUAUGCCUUUCCUAAUAAAAACCUUUACCCGUGUUCUGGUUAGUGGCUUUGAGUGGUGUUACCCCAGUUUUCAGCCUGUGCCGUGAGAGUGGAGCCAUUUCAGUGAGUGGAAACACCUGAAGCUGUUCCACGAGUCCCUCUUCAGGGUUGAGCUUAAAUAGACUGUGUCAUUCUUGAGGGUCACAUCACAUGAAAUUGACGACCAAGUUGGAAAAUGAAGUCGCAUGUGUGCUGUUUCUCUGCUGUUUUGCUGCUGUGGCUUCUGGCCUUCUCAACUGCUUCACAAGAAGCUAUUAUCAAAACAAGCUGCCUAACUACCACAGAUACUAAGGUACCACAGAGGUCUCUGGACAGCUACACCAUCCAGCAAAAACCCUUGUUCUCUGUGACGGCUGUGAGAUUUCGCACAACCAAAGGCGCCACCAUCUGCUCAGAUCCCACUUCGCUCUGGGCCAUAAAAUCUAUGAAGUACCUGGAUGGAAAGAAAAAGAAGAAAUCUCAUCCAGUCUAAAACAUCACAGCUCGUAAUUAUAUCGCGGUGGUCCCUGCGAAUUAGUCAACCACCAAUAUGACAUCAGCUCAAAUUUAACACGGACUUUUGAAUGAAAAUUAAAGGUAUAAUUGUCCAGAAUCAUUUUGCAUUUUAAAGUGCACUUUUUCUUUUUUUUUUUUUUUUGUUGAGGAAAAUGCACUUUAUUGUAAGCUGUGGUGUAAAUAAGCUACAUGUGUAUGAUUGCUUUCUUUGAUAUUUUUUAUAUCUAUACAUUUUUUUAAUCUCUCUCAAAUGUCAAAUGUUUUUGAUAAUUAAGGUAAUAUUGUUGAAUAAAUUAAAAUGCUCAGUGUCAGACUAUAC